AUGUUGACCUUAGCGAUACAGUGGCUGUUGGCGCCGGAAGCCCCUUCUUCAUACAAACCACUUCAGCCUCGCUGGGACACCUCAGCAGAUGUGGCAGCAAACUCGCCUAACUCCGCAGCUGGCUCAUGGAUAAUCGAUCCGCUGCCUUCGCUGCAACGAACGGGCUUGAUUGUGGUCUCGGCGUUGGCAAGUGUCUCUCUGAUAUCCACAUUGAGCUUGCUAUGCUUCUUCACUUAUCGCUUUAUCUUCUGGAAAAAGUACUAUAAGCGCUAUAUUGGCUACAAUCAAUAUGUCGUUCUCAUGUACAAUUUGGCGCUAGCCGACUUCAUUCAGGGCCUGGGGUUCAUUGUGAGUUUGAAAUGGAUUGCCAAGAACUCUUUACAUGCAGAGGACCCAGCAUGCUUCUUGCAAGGAAUUUGGUUGCAGAUUGGUGAUCCCAUGAGCGGAUUGUUUGUACUCGCAAUUGCUUUGCAUACCUUUAUGCAAGUAACAAUGGGUCGUCAGCUCAGUCAUCGUACAUUUGUGGCCAUCGUGGUUGGGUUAUGGAUCUUUGGGGUAAUCCUAGUCAUUAUCCCAAUUGCACUUGUUGGUCCACACGUUUGGAUGCCUUCCGUGGCCUGGUGUUGGAUGACCACGCAACACCCAUCGCUCCGCCUCUGGACACAUUAUUUCUGGAUCUUUGCUGCUCAAUUUUUCAACCUCGUUCUCUACGCCAUCAUGUUCUUCCAGCUACGACGCCGGAUGUCGCAGUCAGCAAUCCUUGGGCAAAGCUAUACCGAAAGUGUUCGCCGCCUCAAACGAGUCGUGUCCUAUAUGGUCCUCUAUCCCAUCGUGUACAUCGUGUUGACGCUACCGCUAUCCGCUGGUCGGAUGGCCUCUGUGAGUGGACACAGCCCGAGCGUUGCAUACUUUUGUGUUGCAGGCGCCCUCAUGACGCUUUCCGGAUUCUGCGAUACUCUUCAAUACACUCUGACUCGAAAGAGUAUCGUCUUGGAUUCCGAGACGAGAACUAAAAGAGAUGAUGGGUACCAUGACCUCUCCAAAAGUGGGCACAAGAAGUCAAAGCAAGGAAAUAUAUACUCAAUGAAGUCAGAAAACCAGGGUCCAGUCUCUACAGUCUGCACGACUUACCAGAGGGGAUCCUCUACCGAUGCGAUUGUUCCCAAAGAAGGGAUUGAACUCGCACCUGUUUCUCAAGUGUACCAGCAUACAACAAUUACGGUGACACGAGAGCCUGCUUUUUGA